UUAAUAGUAAUGAAUAAACAGUUUAUGUGUUAAUAAAUUGUCGUUUAAUUUGUUUUUCUAUAUAUCAUUGAUCGCUAAGAUUUAGACCAACGAUGAGUUCAAACAAUCAAAUGAACCGCAAUUUAGUGACCAAAAGACACAAAUGGGGUCUUAAUUUUGCACAAAAACUUAAGACCGACCGCAACCAAGACCUACAGUCACCGCCCGGUUAUAUCUGUCCGACGACACAAAUUCAUAGCGAAAACAACCGGGAAAAUGAUCACAACCUUAUAGUGAAGAAGUCGUGGGACAUAGCAUUGGCACCGAUGAAACAAAUACCUAUGAAUCUGUUCAUUAUGUAUAUGUCGGGUAACUCUAUAUCGAUAUUCCCGAUAAUGAUGGUCGGUAUGCUCUUUCUUAGACCAAUCAAAGCACUGAUUCAAAUCAAUACCACAUUUAAGAUGAUUGAAGGACAUCAAGCGAUACUACAGAAACUGAUUUAUUUGAUCGGAAAUUUGUUAUGCGUUGCGUUGGCUCUCUAUAAAUGUCAAUCAAUGGGUUUAUUGCCAUCACAUGCCAGUGAUUGGCUCGACUUCGUUGAUCCGCCGCUAAGGAUCGAGUUUUCCGGCGGAGGAAUCGCUUUGUAAAUGAUUUCUUAUACUUUAAACACCAGUAUUUUAGUUAAACUUUUAUAUAAGUAUAUUGUCAGACAAACUAAGUGUUGAUUUCAUUUUAUUUUUUGACAUUUAAUUGCAUUAUCAAACACUUUUUGACUAAUUUGAAUAUACAGUACCGUAGUUUGUUAGUAAUGAUAUAAAUUAGUUAUUAAUUUUAUGUUUUUGAAAAGUAUCGGUAAAUAUAAAACAUUAUUUACUUAAAUAUAUAAUCAAAUA